CUAAAACAAGUUGUGGCAAGCUGUCUUAGUGUGAUUUAAAUCUAAUAGCAGAGUAUCAAAAUUAAUCAUGUUCAUCAUGCUCAAAUAUAUUAUUCCUUUGAUUGUCAUUUUACUUAAUUUUAAUUAUGCUUCGGCUGAUGGUGAAACACUCGUUUUACUUGACAAUUUGGCCAUCAGAGAAACACAUUCCAUAUUUUUUAAAUCCUUGACCGAUCGUGGAUUUACGUUAACUUACAAGGUAGCUGAUGAUCCCACCCUGACUCUGAUAAAGUAUGGUCAACCUGUUUACAAGCAUUUGAUUAUCUUCUCUCCUUCAGUUGAGGAAUUCGGUGGUAGUCUUAGUGUCUCAGCAAUCACUGAUUUUAUUGACAAUGGAGGUAAUGUUCUCGUCGCAGCUAGUAGCAAUGUUGGAGAUGCAAUUCGGGAACUUGCUGCUGAGAAUGGAUUUGAAAUUGAUGAGGAGAGUACCGCUGUAAUUGAUCAUCUAAACUUUGAUGUCAAAGAUGACGGUUCCCACACACUUAUUGCCACUGAUUCUGCUAAUUUACUUGAUGCUCCCUUAAUUGUCGGUGACAAAAAGAAACUCAAUCCUAUUUUAUUCCGUGGUACUGGAAUGAUUUCUGAUCAAAACAAUCCACUUGUCUUGGAUAUUCUCAGAGCUUCAUCAACUGCAUAUUCUUACAAUCCAACCAAGAAAAUAACUGAGUAUCCUCAUGCCGUUGGACGCAACACUUUACUUAUCUCUGCUCUUCAAGCCCGUAAUAAUGCAAGAGUGCUUUUCACAGGAUCUUUAGAUCUUUUUAGCGACAAAUUAUUCCGUAGCUCUGUUCAAAAGUUUAAUUCCAAGCAAAUUCACCAAAAAUCUGGCAAUGAAGAGCUCUGUAUCGCCCUUUCCAAAUGGGUAUUCAAAGAAGAGGGUGUCUUACGUGUGGGUAAAGUUGAACACCAUAAAGUUGGUGAAACAAGUCCACCAGAAUCAUACACUGUCAUGGAAGAUGUUGUUUUUUCAAUUGUUGUCGAAAAAUUAGAUAAAGGUAAAUGGGUGCCUUACAUUGCGGAUGAUAUUCAACUUGAAUUUGUUAGAAUCGAUCCAUUUGUUAGAACCAAUUUACAAAAGAAAGGUGAUAAAUAUGUUGCACAAUUUCGCAUCCCUGAUGUUUAUGGGGUUUAUAAAUUUGUCGUUGAUUACCAAAGGAUUGGUCUAACUCAUCUAUAUAGCAGUACUCAAGUUUCCGUUCGUCCUCUUCAACAUACACAAUAUGAACGCUUUAUUAGAUCAGCUUAUCCUUAUUAUUUCAGUGCUUUCUCUAUGAUGUUUGGUACCUAUCUUUUCAGCUAUGUUUUUCUUUAUCACCGAGAUGCAACAAAACAAAAAGAUGAAUAAUUAAUUAAUUAACUUUAGUGAACCUCCUAACAAGAGGAUCUUAAUAAUAUAACAAAUGCUAAUUAAUCUACUCCUUUUCGCUAUUCAUUCUAAUUAUAUAUUGGUUAAUUUAUAUAUUAAAUAAAAUUGUAAUUGAAAAACUGAAA